UUGAUUACUUUGUGUAUGGAAUGGUAUAAACGUAUUGAAUGGACAUUGCAUAACGGCAUUUGUACGUGUGAACAUUAACAUUGAAAUGAUUGGACUAUAAUCCACGAAGAUGGAAAACAAGCGAGUGGAAAAACAUGAUCUAUGUCUUGUGGUUUGUACGUAACAUGUAAAGAACUAAAGCAAGCAUAAUUUUGUCCACACGAUCGUCGUAUAUGAAGUCCUAUUUCUAAAACAAAGUUUGAAAAAUGGCUUCACCUCCUAAAAAAUUGAAGAUUGAGGCAAACGGAUCUCGUUUAAGUAAACUCUUGAUAAAUAAAGGAACACAAGCUUUGAAAACAACAUUGCAGUUUAAUAUAAAUUUUCGUUCGUCAAACCUAAGCAAUGAACUUAAUAAACCCUCAAAUAAAAGUACAUUGGAAUCAUUAAGAAAAAGAAGCGUCAUCAACAAAGAGCAAUGGGACCUUCUUUACCCAUCAACUGGUUUGCCAAACCUUGAUAAUUUUGAUAUUUCAUUAUUGACUGUUUUAUUGCGUAACAUAUGUGGUCUAACAGCGCCACAUGGUGGAUGGAAUAAUCCUUCCUCUUCAGAUACUUCAAUCUCAGCAAAUAUUGCAAGAAUAAAGUUUUAUAGAAACAAAGUGUAUGGUCACAUAAGCACAACUAGUGUAGAUGACGGUACGUUUGAGCGCUUGUGGGAUGAAAUCUCAAAAGCAUUGGUUGAUCUGGGUAUUCAACAAACUGAAAUAGAUGAAUUAAAGAAAGCUCCACUCAGUCCCGAUGAAGUAAAUUAUAUUGAAAUGUUAAAAAACUUUACUUGCAUAAAUGAGGAUGUAAAGAAAACAAAAGCUGAUGUAGCAGGAGUAAAAAAAAUGUUACAGGAGAAAACAUAUUCUAAUGUUGAAAUGCUUGGAAAGUGUAAUUUUAACGGUCUUAUAAAAGAUCUUAACAAGAAAUACCUUGAAGGCACUAGACAAUGGUUAUUUGAAACACUCGACACUUGGUUUAACGAUAGAAUUGAAGAUUCUUCUAAUGUCAUGAUUUUGAUUGCCGGUCCUGGUGUUGGUAAAAGUGUGUUUGCUGCUGAGGUGUGUCGACGAUAUUCUGAAAAGAAGAAACUUGCUGCUUCUCAUUUUUGCAGGUAUAAUAGAUCAGAUUAUAGAAAUCCUCGAAUAUUGAUAGAAUCAUUGGCUAGUAGCAUGUGUGAUACAAUAUCAAAUUUUAAAAGUAAACUGAAUGAAGAAUUACAGAGAAACCAUUCAAAGAUUCAAUCACCGAUGCAUUCCGUGUGUUAUUAAAUGAUCCAUUGCAUUCAUUGGAAGAUCAUGAACCAAUGAUUUUGGUUAUUGAUGCCUUGGAUGAAAGCCAAGUUGAUGGCAAAAGUGAAUUGUUGGAAUUGAUUGCAGAAGAGUUUGACCGACUGCCUAAAUGGAUUAAAAUCUUCAUCACCAGUCGUCCAGAACUUCCUGUUCAAAAGGAGUUGAAAGAUAUGAAUCCUGUGGAGAUUACAACUCGUCCUCGUGAUGAAAACAACGAAGAAGACCUGCACAAGUAUUUAAGACAUCAGUUGAAUAAUCGGGUGAAGGGAGAUCGCCAAGUUCUAUUGUCAUUAGUUGAAAAAUGUGAGGGAUCAUUUCUUUAUGCGUAUUACGCACAACUGAGCUUGAAAGAAG